AUCCAAUCAUCCAGAUCAUCGCAGAGCAGGGAUAAAGGCCGGGCAGUGGUAUUUGUUCCCAGCUGUUUGUGCUGCAUCGCACACCCUCUCGUGACUACCCCGCGUUUCUGGUGACGAGACGAAGGACAUAUAAACCUUGUGUCACCCAGCACCUCUGUCGACACAACACAGUUGAAAGAGCUUGUGGAUCUUGACUUUCCUUCCUACAACUCACAGCUCUUUCUCCCUCUCAUCCUCAUAUUCAUCAAACAAUUCAUCUACCCUCGCAAUUUUGAAGAUGUCAACCCCUCAGAUCAUCCAGGGACUCUCGUCUGCUGGAUCCACCCUUGGUGCAUACUCCAGACAGCAGCUGGCGACUCUGCGCAACCGCUUCCUCAAUACAGAGAAGCGAAGAACAAGAUACCAGCUCGCUCAGACUUCGUUUACCGUUCACCGACCGGUCUGGAUUGCCGCAGGCGGUGCGGCCUAUACAACCAUGGGCGCCAUCUACCUUACCCUACGCUACAUGCGACACUUAAAGUAGACCUUUUUUGUUCACCUCACGCGACUUUCGCAGGGAAGGGAAGGGGGUUCAGCAGAUCGAGUCUAGCUGUCCGAGACAGUCGGACUUCGUACUUUCGAUGACACCAGUCACAUUUGCUUUCGAACCAAUCAUUCCAUUUAUUGAGGGAGGCUUUUGAGGGCGGGAUUUUCCAGGUGAUUACCUACCGGCGUUUAGGAGGGUUUUGUUUAUUUUUAUCGAGGGGCCAAGGACUUGGAACACAGUACUUCAGGUGUACUUAGUUACUACUACUGCCUAGUAUCAUCUUAGCAUCAUAAAUCUUAUGAGUCAGAUUCACAAAGAUAAAUGUCGAAAAGAGAGGGGCACUGCUCGAUAAGAGCGUCAGCCCGCCAGCCUCAGGGAGGGAGGGUUGAGGCAGGUUCAGCGUGGACUACAGCC